UGUUUCACUCCACCACCACCUACCAAGUUUGUAUGAUAUCCAAGCAAAGAUUGGGCCAUCGCCUUCCCAUUCUCCACACUACCUGCCUAGUCAGUGCUUACCUACCCAAAAAAUUGAAAAAAAAGAACAAAAAAAAAAAGGGGAAAUUCUCCAACACACAGGCGGGGAGAAGAGGGGGGUAGGUGGUUCCAGACAAACCCCACGCAAUUUGCUUUAUUAAAUAAAACCAAACCAAUCUCUCCCAGCCUACUCUCUCUCUCCUCAUCUCUCUCUCUCUCUCUCGCGAUUUUCAUUAGAGAGAUCAAUGGCUUCUUCUACUCUUACCUCCAAGUCCUUCCUCGGUUCCUCAAGAAUUGACGGUGCUUCAGUCUCCUCGGACCUCCGUAAACUCUCAAUCUCCUCCGUUCAGAUCUCCUUCUGCUCACGUAUUCCAAAGAAACUCCAAAUAAAUGCGGCGGGAAGCACAUUUGGGACUAAUUUUAGAGUAACUACAUUUGGUGAGUCACACGGAGGUGGUGUUGGUUGUAUAAUUGAUGGAUGUCCUCCGCGCAUCCCCCUAUCCGAAGCUGAUAUGCAAUUUGAUCUAGAUAGAAGGAGGCCAGGUCAGAGCCGAAUUACGACUCCGAGAAAAGAGACGGAUACCUGCAAAAUAUCUUCCGGUGUUUCUGAAGGACUGACUACUGGGACGCCGAUUCAUGUAUUUGUACCAAAUACUGAUCAGAGAGGAUUUGAUUAUAGUGAAAUGUCAGUUGCUUACAGGCCUUCACAUGCAGAUGCAACUUAUGACAUGAAGUAUGGUGUUAGAUCAGUUCAGGGUGGGGGUAGAUCUUCAGCAAGAGAAACAAUUGGAAGAGUUGCUGCUGGAGGUGUUGCUAAGAAAAUUCUCAAACUAUAUGCAGGAACUGAGAUUCUUGCUUAUGUCUCUCAAGUCCACAAGGUUGUACUUCCAGAAGGUGUGGUUGAUCACGACACUCUUACACUUGAUCAGAUGGAGAGCAAUAUUGUCAGAUGUCCAGAUCCUGAAUAUGCAGAGAAGAUGAUAGCUGCCAUCGAUGCUGUCCGAGUGAAAGGGGAUUCUGUUGGUGGUGUUGUCACUUGUAUUGUAAGGAAUGCACCGCGUGGGCUUGGUUCACCAGUCUUUGACAAACUCGAAGCGGAGCUUGCUAAAGCUGCUAUGUCACUACCUGCAACAAAGGGCUUUGAAUUUGGGAGUGGAUUUCCAGGCACUCUCUUGACUGGGAGUGAACAUAAUGACGAGUUCUACACGGACAAACAUGGAAGAAUCCGAACAAGAACAAAUCGUUCUGGUGGAAUACAGGGAGGAAUAUCAAAUGGUGAAAUUAUAAACAUGAGAAUAGCUUUCAAGCCAACAUCUACAAUAGGAAAGAAGCAACAUACAGUUACUAGAGAUAAAAAGGAGACAGAUCUAAUUGCUCGCGGUCGCCAUGAUCCCUGUGUUGUCCCACGAGCGGUACCAAUGGUGGAAGCUAUGGUGGCCUUGGUGCUCAUGGACCAGUUGAUGGCACAAUACUCGCAAUGCUAUCUGUUUCCCAUCAAUUCAGAGCUACAAGAACCCUUGAUAAUGCCAAGACUUGAGGCAGCCAAUGCGUCUGUAUGAAAGAUGGAGUCGCUGUAACAUAAUUUUCAGCUGUCUAUUAGUGAUACUUCAUGUCCACGACAGUUUUCUUGCAGAGACAAAAGUGAUAAUGUCCACGACAGUUUUCUUGCAGAGACAAUUGGCUACAAGUUCAGUUUAUUUUUCCUUUCUUUUAAGUAUUCUGUUGUUGUAAUCUCCGAAAUUGUUCACGCUCCUUUUCACCCUCUCUCAUGGCAUAAUGUGAGCAGAUAUCUGAUAUUAUUCAUCAAUAAAAAAUAAAAAAUAAAAACUGUAGAAGCAAAAGAGGUAGCGAACGCUCGCCUCUCUAUUUAUUU